AACGACUCGCCGCAUGAUUUUUAAUAAGGCAGCUUGUUUAUCGAUUUGCACUUUAACCACUAAACAAUCAACGUAAUUUUAUUUAAACUGCAUUAUCAAAAUUACAUUUUGACGAUUACUGCUUAUAACUCGUUAAUACCUUCGAAAACUCGAACUGAAAGCCGCCGGAAAUCGAACGUCCCGCGUCGCUAGCGGCGACGCUUGGCAACGCCUUCUAAGAUGGCGAAAUACCGAGUGUUGUGAUGAUAGGCGGCUUCGACGAUCGCUAACCCUAGCCGAUCGAAACAGUUUUAGUUGUCUUGUGGUGGGUGAUCCGGUGUUGGAAAAAGUGAUUGUAUUUGUGGAAAAUUACAAAUGGAGGUGGCAAAAUCAUGCCCUAUGGCGUUUUUCACUCCCAUCGUGGAAAUAGCUGAGGCACCGGUAAACCUCAACACAGAUACCAAAGAAACAAUUCCGAAAUUGGAACCCGGAAUAGAAGAGGUAAAAAUCAAAGAGGAGAAUGAAGAAUCGAAAAGUAAUGAAAAACAAGAAGAAACAACUGAAGAUAAACCAAAACUCGAACCUAUUCCGGAUGAAGUCAAAGAAGAAAAAGACCCGGAAACUAAAAUAAAGACCGAACCAAAGCCAGAAACCAAAGAUAAAAAAGCAUUACCUAAUAAAAGAAAAAGAGGUAGACCAAAGAAAACAGAAACGAUUAAACCUAUACCGAAACCCGUUAAAAAGAGAGACUAUACCCGAAAAACAAAACAAAGAAAGCAACGCUUGCCAAAGAUUAACUACACCGAACUACAAGACGAUGUCAAAUUGGACGAAGAAAUGAUCUCCAUGGAACCAUUAGACGAAGGAAAGUUGAUAAAAUGUCCGAUUUGUAAAGACGAAAAAGAGUAUACUCUUCACGCUGUAAGACAACACUACAAAUCGGAGCAUCCGAAAAAGAGACUGAGGACCUCUAGGUUUUUCGGGGAACUACAUCCUUGCGAUAUUUGCGGCAAAGAAUUUAAAUCCAACAGCAGCUUAAAGGACCACAUCGAAACGCACAACAAUUAUUAUUAUUGCGACGUUUGCAAUCAUUCGACGAAGAAAAUUCUAGACCAUAUUGUUCAUAUAAAAAUACACAAUCACAUGGGUAUCUUUCAGUGUCUUAUGUGCGAGUUUAGCACCUUGGAGAUAUGUAAAAUCAACGAGCAUGUUAACAAGCACGAAGAUUUACUAAAGUACUGGUGUGAUUCUUGCAAGAAAUCCUUUCAAAUUCUUCAGCACUUCCAAGAACACGAUAAUUAUCACACGGGUCUGAAACCCUUCGACUGUGAGUAUUGUGGGAAAUGUUUCUUGUAUUCCAGGUACCUUCACGCUCACAAAACCUCCAUGCACAAAGAUGAAGUACACUGUCCGAAUACAUACGAGUGCGUUAUUUGUAAUAAAGUAUACCAGCACAGAAACAGCUUAAAAUUGCACAUGAAUUCCCACACUGGCAACUUCGCCAUUUGCGACGUCUGCGGAAAAACGUUAUCCAGCAAGGAAAAACUGAAGUUUCAUUUACGAAUUCACACCGGUUACAAGCCAUAUAGCUGUCAGUAUUGUGGCAAAUGUUUUACGAAGAAACCUAUUUUAGUCGAGCACCUACGGGUGCACACUGGUGAGAAGCCAUAUAUUUGUGAUUAUUGUACCAAAGGAUUUUCUCAACGAAGUAGUUUAGUGAUUCAUAUGAGGGGCCAUACGGGGGAGAAGCCUUACGGAUGUCAAUUUUGCUUCAAGGCCUUUGUGGCUAAGGCGAUGCUGAACAUACAUCUGAAGACAUGCAAAGGGUUGUUUCACAUAGCCAAAACCGAAUUCUGAAACAGGUUAUUUAACAUUUUUAAUGGGUAAUAUGGUUAAGGGGUUUAUUUCUAAUGAGAAAUUAUUUUCUAUUACAAGUAAAUCAUAGCUUUUCUUUUUUUUUUGUAUUCAAGUUGUUACUCUUAUGGUUAUAGAAGUAUUAAAAAAAUAAAACAUAUAAAUUAAUUUGUAGAUAUAAGGGUAUGAAAGUUACAAAAUAAUGAUAUAACAAUAUCUGGUGAUUAAAAACGAUUUUUUUUAUAAAAAAAGCUUAAACUGACAUUGUACGAUAUUUUCAUUUAGCCAGACGCUAAAUCAGCCACUAAGAUUAUGAAAAAAUAUUUAGGAAAUUCAUAUUUAUAUACCAUUUGGUUGUGCAUCGUCGUUGGAAUCAUAGGAAAUCCCAUGCAAAUUUUGAACUGUCCAGACAUUGGCCAGUUUUAAAUUACAAAAAUACCUUUCGGGGACACUAAGUGUAGGUAUGUUAUAAUAGUGUAGACAGCACAACAAAUUACAUUGAUAAUGAUAAAAUCAUAGGUUGAUAUCUUAAAGUACGUUGACAUUUGACUGGUUUUGAAUUGUUACCUGUUCAGUUUUAAUUUAAAAAUAGAUGCAGUUUUUUUAAAUUACUUAAAAUCGGCGUGUUCAAAAUUGUUCAAAUUUGGCAUGUGUAUUCAGCAUAGGCAGAGCUUUAAAAAACUAAUUUACAACUUAGCAAUAUUUGGAGGAUCCAAUAUUUGGACAGUUCAAAAUGUGCAUGGGAUUUCCUGUUUCCAAGGAUGAUGCACCACCCGGUAUAAUCCGUUUAGUGUUGAAACUAAAAGAAUUUCGGACUAUUGUCUUUAUUUAUUUUAACUUACACAACGUUUAUUCGGUCAAAGUGUAAACUGAACAUUUACUUAAUACUCUGAAAAUAACUAUUUUUAUAUUUAAGUAUAUUGUAAUCAAUAAUUUUAAGCCCAUUAAAAUCAAGUAAAAAAAU